CGGAACAGCGUCAGAGGGGAAGCAGCCUCGGGCCGGCCUCGGUCGGUGCGCAGGUGGCUCCCUCCACAGAGGAGCCCGCGGGAGGAGCUGUUACAGUUAGCACACUGGACAAGGCUCUGGUACCUGAGGAAUGUUCCGGAGCAAAGCAUUCAGGCUGUUGAAGCCCUUAGUGCCUUGCCAGUGUAUUCAUCCAGCUGUUGCUUCUCGUGGCCGCUGCUGUCACAGAGGUGUGGACUGCAGACAGAGGUAUCAGAGCCCAGUUACUGCUGCACGGCGAAGUUCGCAGGCCAUGGCGGAGCAGGAGUUGCCGGGCGUGCUGGUGCUGGAUGUGGGAGGAGCUCAGGGCGUGCUGGCGGAGCUGGCAGCCCUGCUGCAGAGGCACUUCCACCUGAUCACCAUGAAGGAGUUUCUCGCAAACAAGAGCGAGCUGAGCAGGAGGAUCCAGUCUGUGUUCGUGUUCGAGGGCAGGCCACGCAUCGACAGGGAGCUGCUCCAGAGCCUGCCCAACCUGAGGGUGAUUGGCAACUCUGGCGUCGGGGUGGAUCACUUGGACCUGGCCUUGAUCUCCGCCUUCGGGGUGAAGGUGACCAACACCCCACACGCCGUGGCGGACCCCACGGCAGACAUGGGCAUGGCCCUGAUGCUGGCCUCUGCCAGGCGGCUGGUGGAAGGCUGCCAGAUUGCAGUUUCUCCAGACACAAAGCACUUUGCUGUGGACUGGCUGGGAGUGGAAGUCACCAGAGCCACACUUGGCAUCAUCGGGAUGGGCAGCAUUGGGUACAAAGUGGCACAGAGAGCGAGAGCCUUCAGCAUGAGGAUCCUCUACCACAACCGGAACCGGAGGAGAAAGGAGGAGGAGGAGGCAGUUGGUGCCCACUACUGCGAGAGGAUGGAGGAGCUGCUGCAGCAGUCUGACUUUGUCAUGUUGGUUGUGAACCUGACCCCCCAGACCCACAGACUGAUUGGGAGGAAGGAGCUGGGGCUGAUGAAGCCCACAGCCACGCUCAUCAACAUCAGCAGAGGUGCAGUCAUUGACCAGGAUGCUUUGGUGGAAGCUCUCCAGAACCAGGUUAUCAGGGCUGCAGCUCUGGACGUCACCUACCCCGAGCCUCUGCCCAGAGACCACCCGCUGCUGAGGCUGAAGAACGUCAUCAUCACCCCCCACGCGGGCACGGCCACGCUGCAGGCCGCGCAGGCCAUGGCCGCGGAAGCCGUGGCCAACAUGCUGGCUGCUCUCCGCGGGCAGCCCAUCCCGAGCCAGGUGCUCCCCGCGGGCCGCAUCCCUCCUGCGGCGCCGCCGCUGAGCUGAGCCCUCCCCGAGCGCCUGCGCUGCCGCUGCCGCUGCCGUGCAGCUGCGGGGCUCGGCCUCUGCUGGAACCCGCAGCUCGAGCAAUGAGCUGCUGCUGUCCCUGCGCUUUGCACGGAGCCAGCGGCGCAGGUCUGCGCUCUUUGCACACCCUCCGCCCGCGGUUCCAGUGCGCCUCCGCCUGGUAACCACUGCCCGUGGCGGGUGGGUUCUGGUCGGCUCGGUGGUCUGCAGCGUCUUCUCCAGCCCUGACUGUCGUGCUGAGCAGGUUCGUGUAAGCCUCAGAUACCCUGGGGAUGACCUGAGCGUGAAUUCCUUGCAGCACGCUGGCUGUAUCCCCAAACACUUCAGCCAUCAAGGCAAUGUUCUGCCUUUGAAUUAAAGCCCUGAAACCAUCCGA